UAUUUGCUCUGUCCAAUUCCAUUUUCUCAUCUCAAAUCAUGAAUAAAGAGAGUGAGUCCCAAGGCCAAGGUGUUUGUGAAAAGAUUUUCAAGUUAGCAAUGAAUAUAAGUCCAACUUUUCGAUCAUUUCGCCGAAAUUCUCCACUAUUUGUUGCUACUACGAAGCCAAAAAUAAAUCAUCAGAGGAAUUAUACAGCUAAUAUAUCAAAACCAGUUGCUGUUGUUGAUCAACUUGAGUUAAAACGCCAGCAAAUUCCAUCUCAAGGCAAAUGUCAUCAAAACUUUUCUACUACCUCCAACAAUAUGGUGCUCGUAGAAUAUAAUCACAUUGUAGGAGAGAAUAGCACAACAACGCGCAAGUUCAAGGGUAAAUCUAUGAAAGAUGUGAACAAGUCUUCUGUAAAGAACAUGAUCACUAUAAAUCAUCAUCAUGAGAAAAAUGAAGGUCCUAAAGAUGAUAAUGAUAGAUUUUCUAAUUAUAUUGAUCAUGUCAAAAGCAAGAUGAGAAGUAUCUCUAGUUUUGAUGACAAGUAUGGCUAGUUUUGAUGAUGAUAAAGUCACUUACUGUUUCAAGUUCAACAUUAAUAAUUAGACUAUUGAUGCUUGCUGGUGGGGAACAAAUGAAGGAGUUAUAUUUGAACAAUGAUUAUAUGUACAAUUUUUUAUACUUUUGAUUAAAUAAGUGGAAAAAAAAUAUUGGGUGUUAUACAUAUUGAUUUUUAUUAUACUUUGUGUUUGUAUUAUAGAAAAAAAAAUUGAA